AAAUAGCCGCCGCGUCCUUGAGCUCAACAGCAGUUCUCCCUGGUCGACACGUAGCUCCGCGCUUCAACACUUGUACCGGAGCGACCAGACAAACUCAAAGCCUAUCGUCCUCAUCUCGCUCUGAUCACCAGCCAUGAACUCGCCGACAACCGUGUGCUUUUUCAAGUUCGUGUGCGUCACCGUUGUGGCGUGUUCUGUGCUAUCCAAUGCUGAUAAUGUUCUGGAAGACUGGGUUCAAAUCUCCGAUGGAAACAGAACGUUACAGUGGGUGAAUCUAAAAGAAGAGCCACUUGAAAGUAAAGUUAGCGGAGACGAUGUUAAAUUUCUGCUGUAUACUAAGAAAGCGUCGGACCCGGUUGUACUGAAAAACGGAUCGGCGAACUUGGGAACAAUAAACUUUUCUGACGAUACAGUUUUCGUUAUUCAUGGAUGGACGUCCAACCCGGGUGUGGCCAGUGUGAUGAACAUUGUGUCAGGGUACCUGAAGGCGGCAGGAAGCUACAACGUGAUCAACGUGGACUGGUCGGGCCCGGCUGCGCCCGCCUACCCCACGGCCGUGAGAAACGCCCGCGAGGUGUCGGCCUUCGUGGCACAGUUCGUCGACUACCUGGUCUCCCGGGGGCUCAGUCUGACCAGGCUGAACAUCAUCGGCUUCAGCCUGGGCGCCCACGUCGCCGGCAUGGCGGGCUACCGCGUCAGAAGUGGUAGCGUUGGCAGGGUGACAGGUCUCGACCCAGCUGGGCCUUUGUUUUACACUGCAUCGGCUGCCAAUAAACUGAACAAGGCUGAUGCAGGCUUCGUGCAAGUGAUACACACCAAUGGCGGGGUCCAAGGGUACCUCACGGCCUUGGGACACGCCGACUUCUAUCCCAACGGAGGCUCAAAGCAGGAUGGGUGCGGCUCAGACGUACAAGGAAGCUGUGCUCACCACCGGGCUCCUGCCUUCUACGCGGAGUCCAUCACCAGCAGCAAGCCGUUCACCGCGGUCCGCUGCAGCAAAUGGAGCAUCUACCAGCAGGGCAGCUGCUCCGGCAACCCGACAGCCGUCAUGGGGGCUUACACACCUGCGAAUGCGAGCGGAAACUACUGGCUGAAGACAAAUGCAGAGUCUCCCUACGCACAAGGGUGACAUGUCUUCACUCACAGGACUUUGUUCUUUUUUUAUCAAGAAGGAAACAAUUACCAUGACAUUAAAAAAACUGCAACAA